AUGCGCAGUACGCCUUUCGAAAAUCGACCGCGACUUCCCCGCAUAGCCCUAAGCAAGCGGAAUCGGGUUGUCGUGAGGAAUCUGAACCCAAUGCUGGUGACCUAUUUGGAAGCCAGCCGGGACCUUUGCGAGACGGACUCAAUUCUUUUUGGCGCCGCUCUGGCAGUCUGCCGUAUUAUAGGCGCCAAGCUCUCCACGGCUGGACGCGCUACUGGACAAUGUAGUGCUAUUCCAGCCUGGAGAAUAAGAAUUGAAGAACGUAUCGCAAAGGCUAGGGCCCUCAUCGGCUGA